AUGUUUGAGAGCUCUGACAGACAGUCACAGAACGAGAAGACCUCUCAUAUGGUGGGCAGAGUGACGGUCACCACUACGGGUUACAAUGCUCAGGACAUGGAGAUGAAGUCUGGUGGCUCUGGCAUUGGGUCCUUCAUCAAAAUGGCGGCUAAUCACGGUGUUACUCUGGUAAAUACUGGGGUUGAUUCCGGAAGUGCGGGGAGUGACGUCGGAAAAUGUGGGACUUUUGAGUCCGAGAGCGACCCCGCUUUCACGGACGGCGCCGGUGCCGACCGGGAGGGUCGCCGUAGAUCCUAUGCUGCUGUGGCUGCAAGCGCCAAUGUUACUCGAACGAGCUCUGAAAGCACUUAUGCAGGAGUACGUCAGUACAAGGUCGGGCCUUCGGCAGAUGCCGGUCUGUCUUGUCCCCAUUCUUCACAGAACUCUGGUGGCUCUGAGAAUCAUCACGGACGUGGUCUGUCCGAUGUGCAGUUUUCGCCGAUAUUUGACACUACUGAUGGCAACGGGCCAUCCAGUACUUCGUUUUCGCCAAUCCUUCAGACUUUGGACGGCAGCGUGACGUCUCAUCUCCACAGUUCUUCGCCCGUCUUUCAGACUUCAAACGGCACGUGGUCAUCGCAGUCCCCCGUUUCGCUGAACUCGAAGAGCUCCGACGGCAAAGAGUCAUCCCAGCUCACACAACCUCUGCUGAUGUUAGACACCCAAAACAAUAAAGGCCCAUGCCAUCUCCAAUCUUCGCUAAAGUCAAAAAGCCGCGACGACACCACAGCAUCGCAUCUCCAGAACCCUUCACAACCGUCAAAGAAUCCCGACAACAUCACCACAUCGCAUCUCACAUCUUUGACAGCUCCUGACGCAACUCAGAGCAAGAUCGGGUCUUUGUGUCACACCUCUGCCCCGGACCGCAAUAUCACACUGUCGGAGGCAAGUCGGUCACAUCACAGCUCUCUGUCACGCCUAAACACCAACCACCCAGCAGCAUCCUCGCGGUCCCAUUGUGCACAUGACACUCAAAAGAAUGCCCCCCACGAAGAGCCCCCGCGAAAUUAUCUCUCCUUAUCCAGUAGUGACCGCGUUGCGAAUUCCGAGGUCCGCCUGUCAGGGACUACAUAUACCCCCAACAUCCCUCUCACUCAACCAUCUUCAGCCCCCAUAGUCCCCCACCAUGCUCAUAUCCCCGCCGUCUACACUGAGUCCCAUGGCCCCUCGGGCGAACGCCGCGUUGCCGUCCGCCUACCUAGCCUGUACGCUGCCGAAUGGGUCGCCGACCACCGUGCGUUGCACCUAGCCGGAGGAUGCAAGUGUCCUGUGGACUUUACCAUGGUCGAGCUGGCCAUCCCCAACAGCGAGCUCACCCCCGAGGAGCUGGCUCGUCUCCGGGAGUGGGAGGAGCAGGUUAACCUGCAUAGCAGACCGCGUCAUGUCUCGCAGGCGACAGAUGAGAGCCAACAGCAACUUGACCCCGUGGCCCGUCGUAUUGCAGAGAUUGAGCGCCACUUCGGCCGCUUCGACAUUCCCGCCGCAGUGCCCAGUACAGCUGCGUGCUCUCCGCGGAGCACACCCGCCCCUCCGCUGGGUUUCAGCAGCCCGCACAUACACACAGCUCCUACAGCGGGCGGCACAGCCGUUAUCACGCACGUGGCCCCAGCCCCAGGGGGUGGGCUAGGCUCUCCACAACCUUUGCCCCUGCUCCCCCUCCGCCCUCAUCCAACCCCCAUGCCCCCCUUCAACAUCUUCAACCCCGCCUACCCCCUCUACAGCACGCUGGCUACAGCACGCGACAUCGUCCCCGAGAACGGGGCAUACGAGUGGGACUGUCCGCCGCGCAGGCUCACCCCUUCACAGCAGAGUCUUCUUGGUGGGAAUAUGAAUAGGGGAGAGGACCUUCCGACCCUGCUCCAAGGGCCCGGACCUUUUCGUACGCCGGGGUUCGAAUUCCCUUCUGCAGAGCAGGCGGCGUUUAUUUCGCGGAUUCGUGCUCAACAACAACAACAACGGUGGACUUCGUCGACGGGCGGCGCAGCGGCAAACAGCAUUCUGCCGCCGCUCCCUCUUUGCGGCCUCCCCAUCGGCGCUGGGCCGGAAGGAGAAGAGAGGCAUGUCCCAGCUUGGGAGGUGUGCAGGCUUAGGACACUCCGUGAAGUCAGCGCUCAACAGGAGGAAGCCGUAGGCACCGCCGGCGGUGUGGACGACAAAAACGAAGAUGAAACGGAUUCAGUUCUGGGGAGGAGAGGAUGCUGUCGUCGUGCUUUGAGUCGAGGGGGCUGCAAUCAAGGACAGCAGCCGGCCCAAGCAAGGGGAGAGGUGAUCUUGAGGGAGGUGUUGGGGGUUACAAGGUCCUUUGUUUCAGGAUCGGGGUCGGGCAGCAAGGUGAAUGCCGUUGGAGUUAUUCCUCUUGAGCCGCAGCUAAGAGCUCCUUCGGCUGUGGUGGUAGAGGAGGAGGAGACUGAUGACGAGGUGAUUGGGUUGGGUAGAGAGCAGCUCGAUACCCAGAGCGACUUCGGUGCCGGCAUACUUUUGAACGAUGAUGGCAUUCUGAUGCCGCAGCUGCACCGGCGCAGGGCAUCGAUCUAA